CAUGGAGCCAGGGUGAUGAGGGGACAUGCUCAGGACAGAGCCGUGGUGGUGGCCGGCAGCCCAGCCUGGGGGGACACACGAGCCAGCGGGCAGCGGGUGGCACCGGCUGCCCUGCAGAUGGCCCGGGACUGGCAGGGGGCUGGCACACACCGCUCGGGCACAGCGGUUUCUCUGCCAGGAAGAGGUGGGAACGGGCUGUUUCCUCUCCCGGAGGCCCCCCCGGCCCCCAGCGCUGACACCCGUGGGUGGCCCCGGGCCCCGUGGCGCGGUGGGUCCCACGCCCCGCAGGAGGAAGCUCCCAGCCAGCCCCGGCCGCCGCAUUUCACUUCCACGCCGGGUCGCCCACGCAGGGCCCGGGGCGAGGAGGAGGAGGAGGAGGAGCGGAGGAGGUUCCGUGGGCAGCAGCCGCCCUCUGCCUCGCACCCCAGGAGCCAUUUGGCCCCGGUGACCAGCUCUCGGCGGCAGCAGCCCCGGCUCCGGCCGGCUCGCCCAGGGAGCAGCCUGGAGCCCGAGGAGCGCAGCAUGGAGCCGCCGGCCGUGCCGGAGGAGGAGGAGGAGGGGGCGGUGCCCCUCUCCAUGGCGCCCGGCCCCGUGGGCUGCCAGCUCUUCGGAUACGUGGGAAUCGAAGCUGUGCUCGACCAGAUGAAAAUCAAAACCAUGAAGACAGGCUUUGAGUUCAACAUCAUGGUUGUGGGGCAGAGCGGGCUGGGGAAGUCCACGAUGGUGAACACCCUCUUCAAGUCCAAGGUGAGCCGCAAAUCCUCCCAGCCCGGCCAGGAGGAACGUAUUCCCAAAACAGUGCAACUCCAGUCCAUCACCCACAUCAUCGAGGAGAAGGGGGUGAAGAUGAAGCUGACGGUGACCGACACACCAGGGUUUGGGGACCAGAUCAACAAUGAGAACUGCUGGGACCCCAUCAUCAAAUACAUCAACGAGCAGUACGAGAGAUACCUGAGGGAGGAGAUCCUCAUCACCCGCAAGAGGAAGAUCCCGGACACCCGCGUCCAUGGAUGCGUCUACUUUGUCCCCCCAACAGGUCACUGGCUGCGCCCGCUGGACCUGGAGUUCAUGCGGCGGCUCAGCAAGAUCGUCAACGUGGUGCCGGUGAUCGCCAAAGCCGACACGCUCACCCUGGAGGAACGGGCAGAAUUCAAGCAGAGGAUCCAGGAGGACCUGAAGACCCACGCCAUCAGCGUGUACCCGCAGGAGGACUUCGACCAGGACCCCGAAGACAGGGCCCUGAACGACAGGAUUCGUGAGAAGAUUCCCUUUGCCGUGGUGGGGGCAGACCAGGAGCACCAGGUGAACGGCAAGCGGGUGCUGGGCCGCAAGACCAAGUGGGGCAUCAUUGAAGUGGAGAACCCAGCACACUGCGAGUUCCCCCUCCUGCGGGACCUGCUGAUCCGGUCGCACCUGCAGGACCUGAAGGACAUCACCCACAACGUCCACUACGAGAGUUACCGCGUGCGGCGGCUGAACGAGAGCAACGGGCCGGGGCUGAGCCCCCUCAAUGGGCUGCCCGGCAAGGGCGAGGCCAGCAGCCACCUCUGAGCCACCCAGCGCCCCCAGACCACCACUGGACCCCAUGGCAGUGCCCACCCCUGCCCACCAUGGCUGUGCCAGGAACCUGCCUGGGGUGAACCCCCCUAGAGUGCCCAGCUGCCCUGACAUGUGUCCCUCGUCCCCAGGCUCUGCCAUGGGCACAGACCCCCGGACCCUGUGUGACAUUAAAGGUUAAUCCAGA